UAGUAAUGAGUUUAUUAUGUUAAUUAAUUUUAUUAUGUUAAAAUAAAUUGAUGCUUUUUAGAUAAAAAAGUGAAAAAAAAAAGUGAGAUAUUAGAUAAAAUCAGGAUCAGUCUUUUAGUUUGUUCUCGACCUAUUUAACUUUGGAUUAUAUUAAGAUCAAGGCCACAAGUUAUCUAAUUUAAUCUUUUUUCAUGAAAACAUCAAACUUUGAGUUUUGCUAUAAAGUCCUGUCACAAGCUCCUGAAACUCAAAACCUUGUUUAAUUGUGGCCGUUGGACUUUCCCUGAACCUUGAUUCGAUCUGGGUGCGUCCAUCCCAUUCAUUUCAAAAUAAAAAAUAAUAUCGGGUCUCCAUUCCUCAUUUGAUCGUGGGGGCAGUAUUUGUUCUUGCCCUCUGAAGAAAUUUUUUCAGUCUCUAUCUUCCCUCUUCAUCUUCCCCUUCGCAAGUUUCUUGAUUCUUCUGAUUUUCAUUCCUCUCCCUCCUUCGGCUUCUAUUCUUUCUCUUGAUGCUAUUUCUGUUUAUAUCCAAAAAUCAAUCUGCCUCCUCGGUUCCUCGUCCCCUGUUUCUGUUGAGAUAUCUUGAACUGAACUUAUAUAGAUAUAUAUAUUCCUAAUCACCUUUCUGAUCAUUUUCUCACUUUGUUUGUUUGCAUCACGGUUGUUUUUUCCUGGCCGUUUUGUCCUGGUAAAAUUGCCGUCAUCUCUCGGGGAAGAACUUUCUGGAGGAUGGGGAAAUUUUGGAUUUUGAAGUGGAUUGUGGCAGUGGGGAUCAUGAGUUGGGAUGUUGAAGGGCUUGGGGUGAACUGGGGAACUCAGGCAACGCAUAAAUUGCCGCCGGACACGGUGGUUCAGAUGCUGAAAGACAACGGGAUUCAGAAAGUGAAACUGUUCGAUGCAGAUGAGUCCACCAUGAGUGCUCUGGCUGGGACUAAUAUUGAAGUCAUGGUCGCCAUUCCCAAUAAUCAGCUCGCUCCCAUGAAUAACUAUGAUAGGGCCAAACAGUGGGUUCGGAAGAAUGUCACGCGUUACCACUUCAACGGAGGUGUCAACAUCAAGUAUGUAGCAGUAGGGAACGAGCCAUUUUUGAAAUCCUACAACAAUUCAUUCUUGAACAUCACUUUACCAGCACUGCAGAACAUCCAAAAUGCCCUAAACGAAGCUGGCCAUGGAGACACCAUAAAGGCGACCGUGCCCUUGAAUGCCGAUGUGUAUGAGUCUCCAGUAAACAACCCAGUUCCAUCUGCUGGUAGAUUCAGGGCAGACAUAAAUGAUCUUAUGACCCAAAUAAGCCAAUUCCUCAAUAAGAAUGGAGCACCAUUCACAGUCAACAUCUACCCCUUCUUAAGCCUUUAUGGGAAUGAUGAUUUCCCGUUUAACUAUGCCUUCUUUGAUGGGGUAACCAAUCCCAUAAACGACAAUGGAAUUCAAUACACCAACGUUUUUGACGCUAACUUUGACACAUUGGUUUCUGCUCUAACUGCAGUAGGGCUUGGGACUAUGCCCGUUUUGGUAGGAGAAGUAGGGUGGCCCACAGAUGGAGACAAGAAUGCAAACGCAGGCAAUGCCUUUAGAUUUUACAAUGGCCUUCUGCCUAGGCUUGCUGCCAAUAAGGGCACGCCACGUCAUCCUGGAUAUAUAGAGGUCUAUCUGUUUGGACUCAUUGAUGAAGAUGCUAAGAGUGUUGCUCCAGGAAACUUUGAGCGUCACUGGGGGAUUUUCAGGUAUGAUGGGCAACCCAAGUUUCCUAUGGAUCUUUCAGGUCAGGGUCAAAACAAGCUUCUUGUUGGUGCUCAGAAUGUGAAGUAUCUUCCACAACAAUGGUGCAUGUUUAAUCCUGACGCUAAAGAUCUCAGCAAACUCGCAGAUAAUAUAAAUUAUGCUUGUACUUUCGGAGACUGCACUGCACUUGGGUAUGGAUCUUCCUGCAACAAUUUAGAUGCUAAUGGGAAUGCCUCAUACGCGUUUAACAUGUACUAUCAAGUGCAGAAUCAGGAUGACAUGGCCUGUAAUUUUCAAGGGCUGGCCAAGCUUACUAACCAGAAUCUUUCACAGGGGAACUGCAAUUUUAUUAUUCAGAUUGCUCCUUCAUCGUCCCCUUCUUUGAGGUCCUCGCUAGUGGUUUGCGUUUUGAUCACACUAUCAGUGAUUCUAUUUUUGUAGACUCCUUUUUUUGUUUUUUUUUUUGGUAUAUACGUCAGAGAUGCUAUUGUUUAUUUAAAUUAUAUCAGUUAUUGUACUGAGAUAGUGUGAAUGAUUCUUGGCUUGCAGAUUCAUUUAAUAAGAAAUUUCCAGAUUUGAAUA